AUGCCUCAGGACGGCGAGCUGCCCCCGGCCAAGAGACUGAAGCUGGCGCCCCCUCCCCGCAGAGCCAUGCUGCUGGCGCCGCCCGGAGCCAAGCGCCAGCCGCUGGCUCCCAGCGCCGGGGAGACGCAGCGCAGGAGCCUCCCCAUCUUCCAGGCCCGGGGGCCGCUGCUCAGCCAGCUCCGGAGCCUGGACAGCGCCAUCCUCAUCGGGGAAACAGGCUCAGGGAAGACGACUCAGAUCCCACAGUACCUCUAUGAAGCAGGAAUCGGCCGCCAAGGCAUCAUUGCGGUGACCCAGCCUCGUAGAGUAGCUGCUAUAUCCUUAGCUACUAGAGUCUCGGAUGAGAAGAAAACAGAGCUGGGAAAACUGGUCGGCUACACGGUGCGCUUUGAAGAUUUCACCUCCGAAGAGACGCGAAUCAAGUUCCUAACGGAUGGGAUGCUUCUCCGCGAAGCCAUUGGCGAUCCCCUGCUGCGCAAAUACAGUGUCGUCAUUCUAGACGAAGCUCAUGAGAGGACAAUACACACAGACGUGCUCUUUGGGGUGGUGAAAGCGGCGUUAAAGAAACGGAAGGAUUUGGGCAAAUUCCCACUCAAAGUGGUGAUCAUGUCAGCUACUAUGGACGUAGACCAGUUCUCUCAGUACUUCAACGGAGCCCCAGUUCUCUAUCUAGAAGGUCGGCAACAUCCAAUCCAGAUCUUUUACACCAAACAGCCUCAGAGUGAUUACCUCCAAGCAGCACUGGUGUCGGUCUUCCAAAUCCAUCAGGAAGCACCUUCUUCUCAGGACAUCCUGGUGUUUCUAACUGGUCAGGAAGAGAUCGAAGCGAUGACCAAAACCUGCCGAGACAUCGCCAAGCACCUUCCCGAUGGCUGCCCCCAGAUGGUGGUGAUGCCCCUCUAUGCUUCACUGCCAUACACACAGCAGCUCCGAGUCUUUCAGGCUGCACCCAAGGGCUAUCGCAAAGUGAUCCUUUCAACCAACAUUGCGGAAACCUCCAUCACCAUUGCGGGAAUAAAAUACGUUGUGGACACAGGCAUGGUUAAAGCAAAGAAGUUCAGCCCUGAGAGUGGCCUGGAAGUGUUGGCUGUGCAGCGGGUGUCAAAGGCCCAGGCAUGGCAGCGUACAGGGCGAGCGGGACGAGAGGACAGUGGAAUCUGUUACCGGCUCUACACAGAGGAUGAGUUCGAGAAGUUUGAUAAAAUGACAAUACCUGAGAUACAGAGGUGUAACCUGGCCAGUGUGAUGCUACAGCUCCUGGCUCUGAGAAUUCCCAACGUUCUCACCUUCGACUUUAUGUCCAAGCCAUCCCCAGAUGCCAUUCAGGCAGCCAUUGAGCAACUGGAUCUGCUGGGGGCUGUGGACCGGAAGGAGGAUCAGGUUACUCUGACCCCACUGGGAAGGAAGAUGGCAGCAUUUCCUCUGGAACCCAAAUUUUCUAAAACUAUCCUCAUGUCCCCCAAGUUCCACUGCACGGAGGAGAUCCUGACCAUCGUGUCCCUGCUCUCGGUGGACAGCAUCCUCUACAACCCCCCAUCCCGGCGGGAUGAAGUGCAGUCUGUCCGGAAGAAGUUCAUUUCCAGCGAGGGGGAUCACCUCACCCUGCUCAACGUCUACAGAGCCUUUAAAAAUGUCAGCGGUAAUAAGGAAUGGUGCAGAGAGAACUUUGUGAACAACAGGAACAUGAUGCUGGUGUCAGACGUCAGAGCUCAGCUCAGGGACAUUUGCCUAAAGCUAUCAUUACCGAUUGAGUCCUCCCGAUCGGACACGGGGAAUAUCCGCCGCUGCCUGGCUCACAGCCUCUUCAUGAACACUGCAGAGUUGCGGCCGGAUGGCACCUAUGCCACCGUAGACUCCCACCAGCUGGUGGCAAUACAUCCCUCCUCGGUCCUCUUCCACUGCAAGCCAGCCUGCGUCACGUACAACGAGCUGCUUCACACCAACAAGUGCUACAUGAGGGACCUGUGUGUAGUGGAUGCAGACUGGCUGUAUGAUGCUGCACCCGACUACUUCCGCAGGAAGCUAAGAGCAGCCAAGAACUGA